AUGCUCGUCGUCGCUCUUCUUGUCGUCGCUGUCUGCUUUGGGGCCACCGCCACCGCCGCCGCCGCCAGACCCAGCCACACCGACACCGACGCGAUUCGUCUCCCCAGCAGCGCUGCUGCUGGUCAACCGUGGAGUGCUGCGACUGGGUUACCCAGGACCCGACGUUCAGGCCGCCGAGGUGGCGCUGCAACGACGUGGUGGACAAGUGCUCCGCCGACUGCCAGCAGUGCGAGGCGUCGGCGGCCGGCGCCGGCGCCGGCUUCGUCUGCCGUGACUGGAUCUUCAGCCUGCUCGAGCCCCCGGUCUGCACGCCGAGGCCGUGGGACUGUUGCGACCUCGCCGCCUGCACGAGGGACUACAUCCCCUACUGCCGGUGCGCCGACAAGGUGGAGUCGUGCCCGAGCAACUGCAAAGAGUGCGAGGUCGUGGAGGAGACGGACUCGGACCCUCCGCGCUACCGUUGCCUCGACGUCUUCCACGGUUAUCCCGGUCCCAAGUGCACGCCAUGGAUCAGUAAGAGCAACUAGCUCAGCUCAGCUACUUGCGAGUACGUAUACGUCCACAGACGAAUAA